UUGACGCCGGCUCUAGGAUGUAUGCACCGAGAGUCGAACCUCCAUAACAAUUGCGCUGCCGGGGAAGCUGGCUGCGAGACAGAGCUUGAUCGUCUACUGGAAGACAACUGCCACGACAAUCCACCGCCUGGCAACUGCGCUGCUGGGGAGGAUUUCGGGGAAGAUUUCUGGGAACCAAUUUUCGACCGCUUUCUAGAUGAUGACGAUUGCGCUGCUGGGGAAGCUUGCUGGGAGACAGGGUUUCACCUCCUGCAAGAAAACAAUCGCCGCCACAAUUCUCCGCCUGACAAUGGUCCUAUCAGAGAAGCUCCUCCAGCCCACAUUCCUUCACCUAGCAAUGAUUCCACUGGAGAAGCUCCUCCAAUCUAUAUUCCAGCCGACAUCCUUGCAGGUCUGCAGGGUCUACAACCCUUUCCUCCAGUAGACCUUCGAAAGUACACAUGUAACGCAGCCGUCUCCAUCAAAUGCGAACGCAAACGCAAACUCAAACACAAACUCAAACGCCUCAAACGCAUACACCCCUAUUGCGCAUGCUGGAGUAAAGAGGAAAGCUCCCGAUCACCCCAAGCAUGA